UAGACACACACUCCCUUCAUAGCGCACACACACACUCUAUUGGGAAGCGCAUACACCACUGUAAGGUCAACUUGACACAAUUCUGAGUGAACCCUUACGUGUGCGCUUCAUUGCUAGACACCCAACUCCUCUCCCUAUAUCGUGUCCCCAUUCUGCAUGGCCCCUUGGAAACAGCCAGCUUUGGUAUUAACUCGAAAACAAACUGAGGCAGCUCUCUUUUCCCCGUCUUAGCCCGUGGAAUAUAUGCUUGGAUCCUUCCCCUGUAUCUCUAUACAUCAAACACUAUUCAGCAUAGGAAAUUUGGGGAUUCAUGAUUGUUACGACUCGAGUGCAGGAGAGAGGUAUGAAAGAACCACGGAAUGGAUUGGAUCAGGAAUCGAAUGAUAAUACCCUGUUUACAUACUGGCAUUCGUGUAAAAUGCUCUAAUUACCAAACCACUUGAACUUUGGAAUUAUUGGAAUCUAUCGGAGUUCUGGAUCCUACUACUUUAAUCAUCUGUGUGGGAAAUCUGUAUUUCAAUCGUAUACAACAUAAUAUGUAACCUAUGUGACCUGUUGAAUGAAUAGCUGUUGGUGCACGUUGCAAGGACACCCCAUGGUCUAUAUAUGGUAUAAUGCAACUGGCCAUCCUGUUAGAUGAGCACCAACAUGCAAAUAUGUGACAUGUAUGAUGAUGGUGAAGACAGUAAAGAUACCACGAAGAGGAAAUCUCGCAAUGCGAGUGAGAAGAAGCGGAGGGACCAGUUCAACGUGCUCAUACAGGAGUUAUGCUCAAUGGUUUCGACCAAGACGAGAAAGCUCGACAAGUCAGCAGUCCUCAGAGCCACCAUACACUUCUUAAAGGCUCAUAAUGAUAUGGUGAUGAAAUCAGAGAAGAAUGCCAUCAACGAGAACUGGAAACCGUCCUUCCUGUCCGAUGAUGAAUUCAGCCAACUGAUGUUAGAAGCUCUGGAUGGUUUUAUGAUUGUCUUCUCCCAGCAAGGCCAUAUCUUAUAUACCUCAGACAGUGUUAUCUCAUUACUCAGACAUUUACCGAAAGACCUUGAGUCAUGUACAAUAUAUGAACUUAUCCAUGAAGAUGACAGGCCGGAAAUGUUCAAGAUUCUGUCCCGGGCAGAUUCCUCCAACGGCACUCCGGAUGUCCUAGGGCAGAGGUUCUCCUUCUCAUGUCACAUGAGGAGAGGUACAUUAGAGCCAGAUAAACCCGCCGAGUAUGAACCCAUCCGCUUCAAUGGAAGCUUCUCCCUUCUUAAGACAAGCCAAGCUGCUUUCACUGACAUCGUCACCACACCAAGGUACUGCUUUGUGGCAACGGUUAGAUUACUCUCGACACAGUUGAGCAGAGAAAUGGCAACUUUCACUGAGAAGGGCAAUGAAUUCACAUCAAGACAUAGUCUCGACUGGAAAUUCCUCUUCUUAGACCACAGGGCCCCUCCUAUUAUUGGUUAUUUACCAUUUGAAGUGCUUGGAACAUCGGUAUAUGAGUAUUACCAGCAGGACGACCUGGAUAAGCUUGGAAGAUGCCAUGAAGCAUUGAUGCAAACGGGGGAAGGAAAGUCUUGUUAUUACCGCUUCUUAACCAAAGGUCAGGAGUGGAUAUGGCUUCAGACACGUUACUUCAUAACCUACAACCAAUGGAAUUCUAAACCAGAGUUCAUCGUCUGUACACAUCAAGUUGUCAAUUAUGCUGAUGUUCGUAACGAUAUCAACAAAGAGUUGGAACUGGCCGACAGCAAGAUGAGCGGUGCAGAUUCUGACAGUACCAAUCUCUGGGAUUCCAGUGCUUCGGAAUCGGCAUCGCUGUCGACGUCCGUCUCGGCGAACUCUUCCCUCAACGUGCCGUUGUUCAGCACAGGCAAGCAUGAGAGAUGGCAGUCAUGGAGCACAGAUGAAAGUAUAUCAUGCACAAGCAGUCUGAAACCGCCCAGUUUAUCGCACACAGAAAGCAAGAAAGGACUUUCACCUUCACGAUCUGAUUCACAAGCAUCAAACACCUCUCAGCAGCCCCUCCCCCAGGCCAUGGUUGCCCAGCCAUCGUCGUCGGCACCAGGAAUGUUUCCAAACAACGGUCCUCAGCAAGAUCAGCCUGCCUCGUCGGACAGUAACCUGACACCUCAGCAGAUUACUGUAAUCCAACUGAAGCUACAGGAGCAGUUGAUGAUGAGACAUCACAAACUGCAGGAUGCCAUCCUUCUGCAGCAACAGGAAUUGCAGCAGGUUCAACAACAGCUGAUGAUGGCCCAACAGUUAAUGAUGCAGCACCAUCCAAUGCUCGGUCAAAUGUUCAUCCAGCAACAGGAGCAACUGAUAGGGUCCAAGACCACGCCCGUAGGGGGUGCUGGUCAGGCCAUGCCCAUGGGUGUAGCACAGUCCACCACCACACCCUCCAACGCGUCAGUCCAGCAGCUGGAACCCCCGAGGAGCCAGCAACCACCGCACUCCUCCCAGCAUCCCCAGCAACCGCAGCAACUGCCACAACAACAGCAGCAACACACACCACAGCCUACAUCACACGAGGCACUGUCGAUGGAACAACUUGCACAGCAUCAGCUGUCUACUGGGGCUAUGUGGCCUUGUAAUACACCCAAUCUCCUUGAUUUGCCGAGUAAUGCCUUACAGUCAGCAACAAGGGCCCCGUUUGCUAUGCACCAUGCUCAUCAGUAUCCCUCCACCUCUGGACAAUCAUCGCACCGAGAACACGUAACCCCCCAUAGAACUAAUAACAAUGCCCCACCCCAUCAGCAGGUGGGGCCGCCGCCGCCCCCACAACAGCAGCAGCCGCCACCCCCACCGCCCCCUCACCACCCCCAACAGUCUCUGAACUGUCAUUCUCUGCCCCAACCGACCAUGCACUCUUCAAUGACAAUGCCCCCGGGGGCGCAAGCCGUACCCAUGCAAGACCUUUCUUGCCUCGGACUUCCGACACUGGACAUGGGCAAUGACCAAUACAUGCAGCAGUCGGAAGGCCAAGAUACUUUAUAGGGGUGCGUGGUUCCCCCCCCCCCUUUGUAUUUUGAAGGUGCUCUUAUAUAUCACAAUGCCUGGAUCUGUGCUGGUACAUUGUGUAAAUGCAUACUACAGUGCACGUAUUGAUUUGAAUUGGAGUGGAAACUGGAGAAUACUACCUUCUUGCAUCAAGAAUCAUAGGAUAUGACCUUCUUACAUCAAGAACCAGAGGAUAUCACCUUCUUGCAUCCAAAUCUGAAGGAUAUGACCUUCUUGCAUUAAACCUGGAGAAUAUAAUCUUCUUGUAUCCAAACCUGAAGGAUAUGACCUUCUUGUAUCCAAACCUGGAGAAUGUGUCCUACUUGCGUUAAACCUGGAGAAUAUGACCUUCGUGCACAGAGACCUGGAGAUAUGGCCUUUAUCCAACCAUCGCUGAUCCUCAAUAUUCCAGUCAGAAUAGUUUCUUGCAGGGUUACCUGGAAUCGCGAAGAUUAAAAGCCUUUUUUAGUCUAGGAUACUGCUCAACCCAUAUCAACUGGCAUGCGCCAAAGACUUCAUGUUAUAUAUGUUAUCGACAUGUGGAGUACAAUGUAUUUUGUGUAGUCAAAUGCAUUACGGUAUAUGUUUGUUUUUACUAAACUCUAUUAAUCAACGCUUUCUUCGGGACAGCAGGUUAUCAUCCAGCAAAAAUAUGUAUGUGAAGUCUAAAAUGUCUUUGCGUUGUCAUUUUACAUUUUGUCAUAAGGUGCCAAUCAUUUUCUGAUAUAAAAAAAAAAGUGCUUCUGCAAUUUCUUUAUCUAUUAUUUGUUGUAAUUAAGCAUUGUUGGAUCAACUACGUUGGGGUUUAGAAAUGACUUCCAUGAACGUUUUGUCCCGUGAAUAUAUAUGAGGAUGAAACUAAAGAGAUGAUCAAGAAUUACACAAUAUGUUACAUAUUUGAAAAGAAUUUCAGGUAAUAUUGGAAAGGCAUUGUUUAUUUUGAUGAAAUUGCUACCAUAUUUUCUUCUAUUAAAUUGUCUGUGUCUGUCUCAUAGGAAAGUUUUUGAAAAUUGUUCUUGAUUUUCAUGUAUGACCACUGCAAGCAAUGCCAAGGCAAGGAAUGGAAAUACCCUGUCCACCCUGACUAAGAGCAUUCAGAGAGAAAUCACAAUCAGUCAUUUUGACUAUCAAAAUAUGUUUUUGUGCAAUUUUAAAAACUUUGUUAAACUAUAGACUAGAGAGGGCAGUAUUUUGUAUGUGGUACUAGUAUUAGCAUUGCGGUUUGGAGGACGGUCUUAACAGUGCCUUUUGAAUUGAAACAAUGAAAUCAGAUUACAACCAAAGGUGCAAAAAAUGAAGUGCCUACUUGAUUAUUCAGAUACAGUAAUUUGAAUUGAGGCCCAUUUUUCAUUAAAAGGUAAUACAUGUAGUUUGAUAGGCAGUUUAUUUCAAAUUAUUGAUACGUUAGGCAGUCAAGUAGGGGCAGGAAAAAAGACUGGUAACACAGUGUAUGGCACAUAACACUUGAAUAUAUUCUGUAACAAAUUACAGAUACAUGUACAUGUAGCAAGAAAUAUCUGUUAUUUGUCAGUACUUAUCUUUUUUUAAUUUCAUUCCUUUUCAUUGAAAGUCCCAUACAACAUCAAGUUUGGCACUUCUAUUUUUUUUAUAACCACUCCAGAGAGGUUUAUAUUUUUAUAAAUGUUUUGCUUCGAUUAUUUAUCUGAUGGUCAUGGCACAUGUCAAGGGCGUAGGGUGCACAUGCCCCCUCCCGCUGGGGCAGAGGAGUUCAGAAACUGGCAAGCAAAUUGAAGUUUUUACGUCUUCUGCUUUCAACAGCUGAUUAUCCAAAGUUUAGUUCCACCUCCCCAGGAUGUUCAUCUCUCCAUGCUCAAACCAACCUGUGCCCUUGCAUGUGUGAUGAGACUUACAGUUAAUCAUCAAGUACAGUAUGAAUAUGAAAAAAGCAUAUUGCUCACAGAUUCAGUCAAAUUCUAUAAGAUAAAUCUAGUUAUGAAGUAAUAGGGGAUAUGCCAAAAUAAAAGACAGGCUUUCAGUUUACAGGUUUUCCCACCACAUGGCAGUGUCUAACAUCUUUUUCCAAACAACGUGUUCCGUUACUUCCCGAAGACUCAAGGGCCUGUGUACUGAACUCUGGUUUAAUUUACACCUGGUAUAAAUUUUUGGUUUAACUAUGGAUAGCCAAUUGUGUCGGGUAUCUCUAACAGUACAAGUUUAAUUCAUCAGCCCAUUUGGCACCCAAAUCAUUCAUAACUGACUGGAAAUUAAUUACUCAAAUAGUUCUCUUCCUCUUUAAAACAAUGGGCCAAGUAAAAGAUACUACAAGGGGAAGAUCAGACAGUACAUCGACCGCGUAAUAAAAUGCUCGGGAAGAGCGCCCUACAGUGUUGAGUAAGUAACAACCUUUUUUUAGCUAUGCUUAUUGCGAGAGGUUGUGUACAAAACAAAUGAGAGAAAUGGUGAAGGGGUGAAGGAUUAGGCGAUUUUUACAUUUCAGAAUUUUUUUUCUUCAACUUUUUUUUCAGUUAAAGAUGAAUAUAUAUAUUUCAGAGGUUUCUGGGUAAUAAAAGGUGGAAUUAUUCCCAUGCGCCGCCCUUGAGCCCUCUCCAAAAUCCCCUCUCUCAUUUUCCCCAUAUGUUUUAUACACAGUCGCAUGCCGAUGUGCGAUGGAUUACUAACUCAACGCUAGUGGGUGUCCUUCCCCAUAAGCAUUUAUCGAGCGUUUCAAAAAACGUUGGCCAAGUAAAAGAUAGGAAAUGAACAUGUAUGAUGUAAAUGGAAUAUUGAAAUUGUUGGCUUUCCAUAAUUUCAACAAAAAGUUCAACCAUGGCCUCAGUUAAACGGGUGUGUUUCACAAAGAUUUAAGUACGACUUGGAGUCGCACUUAAAUGUCUAGUUGCAUGUGGUAUAAAAGGCAUGACCAUAUCGGCCAGAUCAUGCAAAGGGGGCGUGCACUACUGCAUAUUGAUCAAUAAGAUUGCGCGUUUCAUAUCAUGUAUGUACCAGCAUUUGAAUGAGACUCUAAGUCAUAUAAUACUUAGAUCUUUUUUGAAACACCCCAGUACUUCAGAAUACAAGAUAAGAAGCAAUCAUUAUAUUAGUAUUAUAAUUGUAUGUAGAUAAGUCUUUGGAUGAGAAAGAGAGAUAACAUUCUGUAGGGAAGAAAGGUUGUCCUACAGAGCAAAGAGCUUACAUGUAUAUAUGAUGUUUAAGCAUAUUUUUCAAAGUGAAAGAAUGGUAGAUGACUAUUUUUUUUUUCAUAUAUUUUGUGCAAUAUUGGAAGGGUUGCAGUUGAGCAAUUGAUGAUGAGAAUUUAUUGAAUUUGAAAAGAAACAAAAAAAUGUUUAGAUGAAUUUUUUAUUGUUCAUGUUUGUAUUUACAAGGGGGUUUCCAUGUGAAGUGUCAGGAAAGAUUUGAAGGGAUGAGACGUGAAUAUAGUUGGGAUUUGCAACGUCGGGUUGCUUGAAUAUACAGUGCAUGAAUUUAUGAUUUGUAGGGGAUUUUAAAUACAGAAUAUUAUUUCCCUAUUAUCUUCAAAAUAAUGCCUGAACAUUUAGAUUGUUAAAGUUCAUACAUGGACAAUUUCAAUGAAAUAUCCAGAAAAGUUGAAGUAUUGACUCAUGGAAUCUGGUGUAUGAAUAUCAUAUUUCAUCUCUCGCAUUUGGUAUAGAAAAAUAAGUGCUUGCUGCUGUGUUUUUGAGAAUGAAAAAAAAUAAGAUUUUCUCGAGGGUUGGAAAGAAAGCAAAAUUCCUUAAAGUGGAGGUCAACCCUAUCAACAAUAUAAUUAUAUUGCUCCAUCU